AUGGCCGUACUCGAUAAGCCCAACGCUCCUGCUCCUCGCGAGUUGCACAAGAGUCAAGAUGUGAGCCUGGGAUGACUUUUAACCGUCUGCUAUCCGAACGAUGCGGUCAUUGGCCGCCUGGAAUCGCGGAUCCUCGCAGUGUGACACAUCGCUGAUCACAAAUAUCUUCCAUCUCCAGAAUGCGACUCAAUCCAACUACCAUCAUAUCGCGACCCAACACGUCGAUCUGGAGUGGACCGUCGACUGGACCACGCGGCUCAUCUCGGGUUCAGCAACGCACACCAUGACCGUGCUCAAGGAUGGCACCGCGUAUGCCAUCUUCGACGCCUCUUACCUCGACGUCACGUCCAUACAUCUCGUCGAUGGAGAUCACAAGCAGAUCCGUCGACUCGAAUACGACCUCCCUCCGCGUCACAAGGUCAUGGGCUCGGCCCUCAAGGUCGAACUGCCCCACAAGAUGGAUAAGGGACAACAGGUCAGGAUCAAGAUUGACUAUUCGACGACCAAGCAUUGCACCGCUCUGGGAUGGCUCAACCCUGAACAGACCCACAGCAAGAAGUAGUACGUUCGGGUCACUCAGGGGAAAAUCUUGCCUCCUCCGCACCCCACUUUACCUGACUGAGAUGCCCGCCCCCCCUCCCCGCAGUGGCUUCUUGUACUCGCAAUGCCAAGCGAUCCAUUGUCGUUCGCUCGUGCCCAUCCAAGACACCCCGGCACUCAAAAUCACCUACACCGCAGCCGUCACCUCCCCUCUCCCCAUCCUCAUGUCCGCUCUUCGACUCUCUCCACCUUCGGAAGAGAUCAUCGAGAUCGACGUCGCCAAGACCAUCACCUAUACUUUCAAACAACCCGUACCCAUCCCGAGUUAUUUGAUCGCCAUUGCAAGUGGGGAAUUGCAGUUCGCGAGCUUGACCCAGAGAUGUGGAGUUUGGGCCGCACCGGGCUUGAUCCAACAGGCCGAAUGGGAAUUCAAGGCCGAUGCCGAAAAGUUCGUCCGCGGACAACGACCAUUUGAUGACUUCCCCCUAACUUUUUCGUUUUUGCGUGUUCCCAGAUUCAUCCAAGUCGCCGAAAGCUUGACCUCGCCUUACCGCUGGGGCCGCUUCGACAUGCUCGUCCUACCCGCCAGUUUCCCCUACGGCGGUAUGGAGAAUGCCAACAUGACUUUCCUCACCCCCGCCCUCGUCGUCGGCGAUCGUUCCCAAGUCGACGUCAUCGCCCAUGAACUCUCCCACUCGUGGUUCGGUAAUGGCAUCUCGUGCAAUUCGUGGGAUUCCUUUUGGCUCAACGAGGGUUUCACGACGUGUUGCGAGCGGAUGAUUGCGGGAGAGAUGAGGGGUUCCGCGGCGAGGGAUUUCGAGUUCAUCGUCGGGAUGCAAGGCUUGAAGGCAAGUUUGAAACAACAGGCCAAGACGCCCCGGUUCCAGAGGUUGCAUAUCCCUUACGCCGAAGGGGACGACCCCGAUGAUGGGUUCUCGAGCGUGCCUUAUGAUAGUGAGUUCACCGCAUCGAUUAGGAUCUGAGCUUGAAAGGAUUUGCUGAUGCGGUGUAUCUCAUUAGAGGGUGCCAACUUCUUGUAUCUUAUCGAACGCACCGUCGGUGGGCUCGAAGUGUUCAAGCGUGAGUACCAGUGCUGCGGUCUUUUUACAACAUCCCAAACUCACACACCAGUCCUCGGUCGCAGCCUAUCUGAUCGCCUACGUCAAGCGCUUCGACGGUCUCUCCAUCUCCACCCGUGACUGGCUCGAUCACUUCUGGGACUACUGGAACCAAUACCCCAAGCUAUCCGCCAAGCUGCGUUCCGAAAUCGACUUCGACGCCUGGUUGAACGGCGAAGGUUUGGACCUCCCCAACAAGAUUGAAUACGACACCUCCAUCGCCGAUGGAGCGUAUGCCCUGGCAGCGAAAUGGAAUACCGUGAGGGACAAAUCCGAACAAGAAGUCGACAAGAUGUUCAACAAGGAUGAUAUCGAGGAUUGGUCCUCCCCUGCGUUCGGGAUGUUUUUGGAUACCUUAACGACAAGAUACGAUGCCUUUGAUCCCAAGAUCGUCCAAGCGAUCGAUCGAGCGUAUAGCGUCAAUUCAUCGACCAACCCCGAAGUAUUGUUGAGGUGGUUUUUGUUCACCUUGGGAUCGGGGUGUUUUGAGAAAGAUGCCGCGAAAUGGAUUAGGGAUCAAGGGAGGAUGAAGUACGUCAGGCCUCUGUACGUUGCGCUGAACAAGGUCGAUGACAAGUUGGCCAAGGAAACGUUCGAUAAGUAUGGCAAGGCGUUCUUGCAUCCUAUUGCUAGGGCGAUGGUCGCAAAGGAUUUGGGCGUUUCGGAGGAGUAG